AUGAAGUCGAAUAUUAUUUUGAGCAGCGCUCUGGGCGUUGCCUCGUUUUUUGGGAAUGCAGUUUUGGCGCAGGAUUAUGCGACUCACGGCAUGUACACCGAGCCGACUACCGGAAUCUCUUUCUAUACCAGCAUGGAGGCCGAUGGGGCAUCCACCGGCAGUUUUACGACCACCACCCUAGGAGGGUUCACAUUUGGUAUGGCCUUGCCAGGUAAUGCUGCGACUGUCGAUUCGUACGAGUACAUCGGUCUCAUUAUUGGCUCCCUGAUCAAUGGGACAGGAUGGUCCGGCCUCGUUCACGGUGACAACACGGGUGCGGGCAUGCCCAACCACCUGAUGCUCUUAGCUUGGCCGACGGGAGUUGGAAACACAAUCGCAAGUUCCCUCAGAUACUCAGUAUCAUACCAGGCGCCAGUGGAUUAUAAAGGAAGUGCUAAAAUUACACCAAUCUACUCGAAGGUCAACGCAACCAGCUACACACUCAUCUAUCGAUGUGAGAACUGUCUCAUCUUUGAUGAUCCAACUCAACCAAGCUUCAACACGUCAACAAGUCAAGCAACCUUCGAGUGGGGCUGGGCUCAGUCCUCUGUCUCCCCUGCUGACAAGACCAACCCUGACUCCAGUAUUGGCCAGCACAACAAUGGAAUGGGCGAAUUCCAGAUCAUAGUCUCCAAAGCCGCGAAUGCUGCAUACGCGAAGUGGGUAGGACUGUCCUCUACAGUUCCAACCUCAUCGGCAGCUGCCCCUACUGGCAAUCCUACCGCUACCGGUGCUCCAACCACAGUCGCCGCUCCCACUACCACCGCUUCGGCUACCCCCACCACAUUCAAAGCUGUCCCAGUCCCAGCUGCGACUAGCUAUGAUUAUGUUGUCGUUGGUGGUGGAGCUGCUGGAAUUCCAAUGGCAGAUAGGCUCUCUGCUGCGGGCCACAGCGUCCUGCUUAUUGAGAAGGGAGUUGCCUCCUCAGCUAGAUGGGGCGGAACCUAUCGACCUGAAAGUGGAUGGUUGGAUGGUUACAACCUGACGUGGUUCGACAUUCCUGGAGAAUGUAAUAGAAUCUGGAAUGGAGGAUCCCCAGGUGUUGCUUGCACCGACUUGGACCAGAUGGCGGGAUGCAUUCUAGGAGGAGGAACUGCUGUCAAUGCAGGUCUUUGGUGGAAGCCCAACCCUCCUGACUGGGACUACAAUUUUCCAGAUGGAUGGAAAUCCGAAGAUAUGCAGUUUGCUACCGAGCGAGUCUUCUCGAGAAUCCCAGGAACUGAUCAUCCCUCCAUGGAUGGAAAGCUUUACAUCCAAUCUGGCUUCGACAUCGUCAGACAGGGACUCGCCGCUGCCAAUUGGACCAGCGUCACAGCUAACGAUGUUCCUUGCAAAAAGGACAAGACAUAUGCGCAUACUGAGUACAUGUACAUCAACGGUGAACGUGGAGGCCCAAUGGCAACAUACCUGGUCUCCGCUAACGGCAGAAACAACUUCCACCUCUGGCUAAAUACCAGUGUUGAGAGAAUCAACCGCAUCGGUGGUCAUGCAACGAGUCUCGAUGUCAUUGCAACCAACGAUGGAGGACAUGUUGGUACGGUGAAGUUGACCAACACUACAGGCCGAGUCAUCCUGGCCGCCGGUACCUUUGGCACUCCAAAGAUCCUGUUCAGAAGUGGCAUCGGUCCAGAUGACAUGCUCCAGCAAGUUCAACAAAGCCCCGAUGGCCCAACCUUCAUCAAAUCCACCGACUGGAUCAAUCUGCCCGUCGGCUACAAUCUCGCUGACCAUCUUAACACCGACUGCGUCAUCUCACAUCCCAACAUAUCCUACUACGACUGGCCAGCAGCAUGGGACACCCCAAUUGAGGCCGACAAGGUAAGCUACCUGAAGAACCGAACUGGUCCUUUCGCUCAAGCCGCACCCAACAUCGGGCCCAUGAUGUGGGAAGUGAUCAAAGGCCCCGACGGAAUCGACAGACAAAUGCAAUGGACUUCCCGCGUCGAAGGCUCCAACGGUGUACCAAACGGCAACUCCAUGACCCUCUCCCUCUACCUAGGACGUGGCUCUGUCUCCCGUGGCCGCACCACCAUCGGCAAGUCGUUGAACAUGGUAGUCAACACACUUCCAUACGGCGACCCCAACGAUCUGACAGCGGUCGGAUGGGCUAUCGACAAUAUGGUCAACGCGUUGAAGACCAUCCCGAACAUCACCUGGAACCUCCCACCACCAGGCGUCUCAGGCGCCGAUUACUUGAAAUCCAUCCCAUUAACCUACGCCAACGUCGGCGCCCGGCGCGCAAACCACUGGAUGGGCACCUGCAAACUCGGCACCGACGACGGGCGUCUACCAGACGGGACCGCAGUAGUCGACACCAACACCAAGAUCUACGGCACGGACAACAUGUUCGUCGUCGACGCCUCCAUUUGGCCAGGGAUGCCAUCCACGAACCCCUCCGCUCUCAUCGUCACCGCUUCCGAGCGCGCUUCCGAACUAAUCCUCGCACUGCCAUGUCCAAAGAAGAUUGGCGGUGUCGUGAAGAAAAGAGGUCAGUUUUAUAGUAAUAGUGGUGGGUAA